AUUGACUUGUUUUGAAAGCAUUCCACAUAUUGACACGUAAAAAAAUGAAAGUUAAUGAUUCAAUUUCCAGAUUGUAAAGCAAGUGGUUGUAUAUCACUUUUAUCCACAACAAAAAUCCAACAACAUUCCGUAAAAAUAAAUAUCCGCUGCGAUGGCAUCAAUUGAAGAACUACAAUCACAAAUAGCCGAACUGAAAAAUGAGUUGCUCAAGUAUAAGAGCUCGGGCGGACGCGAACGUAUUGAAAAGAUGUCGGCUGAAGUGAAAGAUUCGAAUCCAUACAGUCGUUUGAUGGCAUUGCAACGCAUGGGAAUUGUCGAAAAUUAUGAGCGUAUCCGUGAGAAAAGUAUCGCUGUUGUUGGAAUUGGUGGUGUUGGCAGUGUAACAGCUGACAUGUUAACUCGAUGUGGUGUUGGAAAACUCAUCUUAUUCGAUUACGAUAAAGUUGAAUUGGCCAAUAUGAAUCGUUUAUUCUUCACUCCCGAUCAAGCUGGUUUGUCAAAGGUCGACGCAGCCGCUCGAACUUUACAAUUCAUAAAUCCGGACGUUCGCAUUUUUACCCAUAACUACAAUAUCACCACGGUCGAUUCGUUUGAUCACUUUUUGAAUGCAAUUCAAACUGGUAGUUUGGAUGGCAAGAGUUCGGUGGAUUUGGUGCUAAGUUGUGUCGAUAAUUUCGAAGCACGAAUGGCCAUAAAUACAGCAUGUAAUGAGCUCAAUAUUAAUUGGUUUGAAUCAGGUGUAUCAGAAAAUGCCGUUUCGGGUCAUAUUCAACUUUUGAAACCGGGUGAAACGGCAUGUUUUGCAUGCGCUCCACCACUUGUUGUUGCUGACAACAUUGACGAGAAAACAUUAAAACGAGAAGGAGUGUGUGCAGCAUCUUUACCCACUACCAUGGGAAUGGUCGCUGGAAUGCUUGUGCAAAAUACACUUAAAUAUCUUUUGAACUUCGGUGAAGUGUCUGAUUAUUUGGGCUACAAUGCAAUGAUCGACUUUUUCCCGAAAAUGAGCUUAAAACCGAAUCUGCAGUGCACUGAUCGAUAUUGUAAAGAAAGACAAAAGGAAUACAAUGCACGUCCCAAGGUGGAAAUAACUGCCACGGCAAAAGCCGACGAUGCCGUUGUGCACAGUGAUAAUAUUUAUGGAAUCGAAUUAGUAUCAGAAGAUGAAGGAACGAGUUCAGUGGAGAAAUCGUCAUCAAUCAAUGUGAACGCCGGUCUAAAAUUAGCCUAUGACGCACCAGACGUAGUAGAAGAUGUUGCUGCAACCACUUCAAAUGCCAACAAUGAUGGGCCUAGCCUAGAAGAACUCAUGGCACAAAUGAAAUCCAUAUAAUCUCUACUAUUCUUUCCGGAAAAACGUUAUUUUAUAAGGCAAAACAUUUGAUAUAUUCAAACAAAAGAAAGUAAAUAAACAGCAUAUUUCAUAUUAUUUUAAAAAUAUCUCAAAA